CGGAGGGAGGCUUAAAGCUGCGCAGCUAUGGCGGAUGGACGAGAAGAAGUGAUGCGAUGGGGAGAUGUGGACACGUGGCGGCCGCUGUUCCACGUGGAUGACUUCUUGUGCGCUGUUUGCAGGGAACUGGCUUUCAAGCCUGUUGUGAAUGUGUGCGGGCAUAUGUUCUGUCUGAUGUGCAUUCAUAAGGCGAUGAGUCCGAUCAGGGGCUCGUCGUGCCCUCUUUGUCGGCGAGGCUACUCACACCUGCCACGUGUCUGUGCGCUGCUGGACAAAUUCGUCGAGACCACCUUUCCAACGGAAUACGCGGAGAGGGAGCAGGAGGGAGUGUUUGACGAAGUGCUGCAGCCGUUGGAUGGUGACAGCGCCGAGGAGGAGGAGUAUGGGGAUGGAGAUGGGGAUGAGGAUGGCCACCCCGAGGAAGUCGUCGAUGAUGACCAGGGAGGGGAAGCAGCAGCAGCAGCAGCAGCGUCUGCGGAUGCGCAUGUGCAGCGCGCUACGGUUGGAGAUCACGCAGCAGCACCAGCAGCACCAGCAGCAGCGUCGGCGGAUGCGCAUGUGCAGCGCGCUGCGGUUGGGGAUCACGGGGAACCAUCGCCUCCGGUGAAUCGUUCGCCGACAGAUGACACGCCAUCUGAAUUUGCCCGGCGUCCUGAUCACCUAUCAAGACUGGGUUUGCUCGUCUCUUCCUCCUCGGUAAUUAGCACAUCAGCAAUUUUCGAGCUUGUAAAGCGGAUAAGCAAUCAUAGCGAAGUCUCCCCAGGAUCGCGUGUCUCUUCGUCGUCGAAUUCUUCUUCUUCCUCUUCCUCUAUGGAGGCUUCGUCGAGGAGGUCUGGCUACGCGCUGGCGAGGGUGCGUACUUCGACCGCUGCCGUCGCUGGCGCGCAGGGGGGCGAUCGCGAUCGCGCUCGCGAUCGCGCUCGCGAGAACGAACGGCUGGGCGUUCACGCUGCCGUCGGGAUGAACGAUGAGAUGUCCAUCCACAGCGGCGAGGGAACGACCCAGACAAGUGAUAGGCGGCGGGACGCUGAGGAGAGUGGGGGGGUGAUGGCGCUUGCGGAGGGGAGUGGACGGCCGAGGGGUGCGCAGUUAUUGCAAAGUGAAUAUGAUGAUGGCCAUCGAUGGACUGUCACAGCGCUGGAGUGUGGGGCUGCCGGCGGCGAAUCUGGCGAAGCGGUAGGCGCCAGCAGUGCCACGGCAUGCACAAGAGGGGCAAAUAGGAGAGGAGCUGACGGCCAACGAGGAGAGGAGGAGGAGGAAAAAGCGGGCGGCGAUCGGGGUGGCGGGAGGAGAGAGACAGUAAGUAAGAUGGGGACUGGUAGUCUUCAUGCAGCGGGAGGGGGUGAGCUGCUUCGUGUUCAGCAGCAAGGGGAAGGCGGUCGUGAGCACGAGCAACAACUUAGGGUUUCCUGCUCCGCAGAUGACAAUGCUGAUGAAUCGUCACGCGAAUGCAGACCAGAUUCGCGGCGAUCGCGACCGGAUUUAGGGUUGUUUCGAUGCGGAAUGUGUCAGAAGCUUCUAAUCAAACCUGUGGUUUUGAAUUGCGGCCAUGGGUUCUGCAGUGUUUGCGCGCAGUCGCGAGGAACACCGUUGAUUUGUCCCGAUUGCGGCGCCCGGCAGCCGGAGCGAAGGCCUGGAUUUUGCAGGAUCCUGCAGAGCGUCCUAGAGACCCUCUUCCCUGACGAGAUCUCCCACCGCCAGACACAAGUCAAAGGCAAGUGUACUACUCCUGUUGCCAACCCUUCUCCUCCUCCGCCUCCCGCUCCCCCCCGUCCUCCUUCUGUGCCUACGUGGAGAGACGAUGACACACACGAAGAGGAGGAGGAGGAGGAGGAGGAGAAGGAUGAUGGGAGUGUUGCGAGGAUGACGAUGAUGAUUACAGAAGAAGGGGAGAGCGACGCUAAUGGGAACCUCCCGGUGGCGGCGGGAACGAUAACCAGGCAACAGCAAGAAGGGCAGCCUCAGCAGCCGCAGCAGGGUCAGCAAGCGAAUCGGCAUAGGAUGAUUCAUCCCCAGUAUGGAUGCGAUGGGUGUGGCGCCUACCCGAUCAUCGGACGGCGAUACCGAUGCCUGGACUGUCGGCCUCGGAUUGGAUACGAUCUGUGUGGUGAGUGCUUCGAUCGACGGCAUCAGCUUGAUGAUGGCGGGCGGUUCAAUCAAGGACACAGGGCGGAGCACAGGAUGAUGGAGAGGGACGAAUUCGCGUUGAUCUUCGGUCAGUUGGGAUUCCAUGAGUGGACUCCCGAUCAGGAAAUAUGGCUAGUCUGGCUGAUGACGACGAUGAGGUCGGAGGGGGGGCAGAGGGGGGAUGCAGGUUCUGGCAGAGAAUCUGCACAAGCUGCCUCAGAGAACGCGAUCGAGCCUUCGCAAGGAGGUGGAGGAGUCGGUGCGGGCACAGAGAGGUUAGGGGGAGGAGGGGUAGAGGUAGAAGAGAGGGGGGGCCCUCCCCCGCACCAGUGUGAUGGAGGAGAAGGAGAAUAAGAGUGAAGACGGGGAGGAGAUGGUGGGGAAACGGGAGGGGGAAAAAGGGUAGGAGGAGACGCUGGCGGUGUGCAGCGGACGGGUGAGAGACCCGACCUCGUGACCGCCCCAUCAGACAGCCAUGGCACGUCAUUGGAGUAGAGGAAGGGAUAACACAUGUAAGUGUAGUAGAACGUCGGUAGGUCGGUAGGUCGGUAGGUAGGGAGGGAGGUGGGGGUGAAGCCUGCAGAGAAUUUUAGUUGUCAAAUACAGGAGAGACUGCUUUCCUCAUUCUGCAUUCAGUGUGGUUGUACAAAAUUCUACCAAGUAAGGAGGGGAGAUUCUUAAGGAGGGGAGAUUUCUUAUCGGGACACAGGGAAGGCAAGAACAUGAAGGGUUGGAGGGAACCCGGUAUAAUAGUUCUGUGACAACAUC